CUUCUUGUUUCGCCAUUCUUUCGCUGUUGUCCUGUCGUGCUGGGUUUAUGCUUCAUUUCCACGUGGCUUCGGACAGCUGGUAAUAUCAAGGAUCACGGUGCGAUUGCGAAAAUGGCACCCGUCGUCAAUCCAGAUGAAAGCCUUGACGCCUUUCGUCGUCGUCUAGAUGGAGUGGCUUACGCAACAUACAUUAUUGUGAUGUUGGUUGUGCCCCUCAAAGUUUACUGUCGUAAGAAGGCGGGUGGUUGGAGCAAUGUUGGUAUGGACGACUAUGCGACCUUGGUCGCUCUCGCACUUGCGAAUGCCUUCUUCUAUGUUUGCAUUAUCGACAUGCGCAUAUCGCUCGGUCUUCACAUUACCGACAUCACGAACCCUCUCCAGGUUAUGGACUUUCUGAGAAACAUCUAUGUCGCAAACAUGCUGUACACAUGCUGUAUCAGCGCCAUCAAGCUUUCUAUUCUCGGAUUCUACUGGAGGUUAUUCUCGCUCAAAGCUCGAGUGGUUAUAUAUAUCACCUUGGGCAUGGUUCUCGCGUGGUGGAUUGCAAUUAUGGCGCUUUGCAUUUGGAAUUGCUCUCCCAUUGCAGCGGCUUGGGACAUCACCAUCACAGACGCGAAGUGCAUAGCCACACGUUCGAUCUACCUCGGCGGCUCCGUUCCCAACGUACUGCUCGAUGCGUGGAUCGUCCUCAUUCCUCUCCCAUACGUCUGGAAACUACACGCCCCUCUCGGUCAACGACUCCUUCUCGCCGGCAUGUUUGCACUCGGUAUCUUCAUAUGCGUCGUAUCGCUCGUGCGUCUCAUCAUCUUCUUGCAGAUUCCCAUCACCACUGCCGGCGACGUGACAUACAACUUCCGCGAAAUCAUCGUAUGGUCGAUUGUCGAAGUCAACAUCGGUCUCACGUGUGCAUGCUUGCCCAGCCUGAAGCCAGCACUUACCAUGCUUGGAUUGAACAGACUGUUCUUCUCCUUCAACAACUCGCGUCCCUCCAACGCGAAAACCCCCGAACCCGGUAUGUCCGCUGGCAUCGAAUCCGAGUCUCGCAAACCUCGUAAGAAGGGUUCUACUGGGGGCAUGUUCUCCAGCCUUGCUGGAUUGACCAAAUUCGGCAGCGAGGAAGAUGGGUUCCGGAUCAUGGACAGCGAGAGUGAGCGUAACCCUCGCCAGGGCACCAACAUUGAGUUGACACGGUUGAGCAACGACUCGUCUUCACAGAAGUCGCGGGAGAACGGCCGCACUGGCGGUGGCAUUGUUGUGCAGAAGGACUGGUCUGUUCUAGUUGAUGAAAAGCGGACAAGCAGGCCAUAG